CCAUCCAUUCACUAAUUCAUUUAGAUUCAAUCUCACGGCAUCACUUCAAGUCUCAAGAUACUACCUCAGCCUGAAAAUAAUGCUUGGCUAAUAAUGCUGAUUCAUAAUUAUUGGUCCAUGCUUCUUUCAAUUUUGAAAGCAGAAGAAUUAUUAGAAUCGGCCUUUGAAUAUAAGUGAUUACAUUAUUUUUAAUUUGUAAAGCGUUCUUUAGAUAAAACUGUAAAAUUCAGUAAGUGGCAAUACUUAAAGAUCUGACAUUUUAUAUUAAAGCCUGACUACUAACAAUGUUUCAUUGAAAACAGUGGAUUCUCGUUGGAACAUAGAAGAUCUCAUAGUCUUAGAAACAAGCCAUUAAUCCUAAACUUUGUAUGGACAAUAUCGUAAGAUCCCAUGAAUUAAAACGGACAAUUCCUGUGGACAGCUACACUAUAGCCAUAGAACUUUCAUAACGCUCUGAUCUGAGUUCAGUACUUAAGGUUCUAACUUUAGCUAUUUGGGUUUCCAAAAGGUCGCUGAAGGGGAGAAUCACAUAAUUGUUAGUUGUCUGUUAGUGGCGCCAAAUGUUCCAAAACUUUCAACCCAUCCUUUAAAAAAACCACAUAAUACCUCAAACUGACAGAACCCAUAAUCCAUAACCCAUAACCCAAAUGGCUCUCUUCAGAGUCCCUUCUUCUUUCCCUUCUACUCUUCCUUCAGUAUUUCCGAAGAAACUCUUGUCAGUUUCUUCCUUUCCCAUUUCUUGUACUUCAAAAUCUACUCCAAAUCAACUAAAAAAUAAUGAUGAUAACAGUAAUACUGAUAAUCCCAAGGGAGCCAAGAGAUUGUCUGAGCAGUCUUCCUGGGAAGCCAAGGAUUCAGAAGGGAGAGAUUAUCUUUACAGGCUUGGCAAAGAAGCUGAUAACAUGAACAUAGCUGUUGGUGCUAGACCUGGUGUCAUCGAUGAUCUUUUUACUGGGAAUUUUCUUGGCAAAGACUCGGAUAUUGUGUUUGAUUACAGGCAGAAGGUGACGAGGUCGUUUGAGCAUCUACAAGGGGAUUAUUACAUUGCUCCUGCAUUCAUGGAUAAAGUCGUGUGCCAUGUCGUGAAGAACUACCUUGCUCAUCUUCUCAAUGUGAAAAUUCCAUUGAUUCUAGGUAUCUGGGGGGGAAAAGGUCAAGGAAAAUCAUUCCAAACUGAACUCAUUUUUCAGGCUAUGGGGAUUGAACCUGUAAUUAUGUCUGCUGGGGAACUAGAAUCUGAAAGGGCUGGAGAACCAGGAAAAUUGAUACGCGAACGCUAUAGAACAGCUUCCCAAGUGGUCCAGAACCAAGGGAAGAUGAGUUGUCUAAUGAUCAAUGACAUUGAUGCUGGCCUUGGUAGAUUUGGUAACACUCAAAUGACAGUCAACAAUCAGAUUGUUGUUGGAACCUUAAUGAAUUUGUCAGAUAAUCCAACCAGAGUUAGCAUUGGACAAGAUUGGCGAGAAUCAGAUGUAACAAAUAGAAUCCCUAUCAUUGUCACUGGGAAUGAUUUUUCUACCAUUUAUGCUCCCAUGAUUCGUGAUGGAAGGAUGGAAAAGUUUUACUGGCAGCCUACCCAGGAAGAUAUUGUGAACAUUGUUCACAGAAUGUAUGAGAAAGAUGGCAUAUCCAAGAUCGAGGUUGUAAAUAUUGUGGAUAAGUUUCCCAAUCAAGCCUUGGAUUUUUAUGGAGCUCUUAGGUCUCGAACAUAUGACAGGUCAAUUUCAAAGUGGAUUGAGGAUAUUGGAGGAGUUGAAAAACUUGGACACAAGCUGCUCAGACGAAGAAAGAAUGAAGAACUCCCUGUAUUUACUCCUCCACAGCAAACGAUAGAGGCUUUACUUGAAUCAGGAUAUUCUCUCCUCAGGGAGCAACAACUAAUAAUGGAGACUAAACUUUCUAAGGAGUACAUGAAGAACAUUGAUGACUGAGUACAAUACAAUGUGUUAAAUGUUGUAAACAUUGUUAAUAUGUGGUUUAGUUUCAUUCGUUUUUUUUUUUUCUUUUCUUUUUUUGUGUGUUUCUGGUAAUUGACAUGCGGAAUUACACUUUUCAAUUAAAAAAAAAAAAAAAGAGAUAUUCUAUGGAAUAACAAUAAUCUUGGCUCCCCAUUACCUCUCUUUCAAACAUGUCUUAAGAAUUACAAAGAUCACAAUUUUUGCCGCAAAUCAUGUGAUUGCAUCUUUAGCCUUUGUCAAUCAUCAUGCCUUUUAAUACCAGGGUCCAAUUUUAUCACCAUAAUUCCUAGAGUUGGUUCAAGCUAUGUCAUUACUAAAGCUUGACAGCUGAGUCUCUUUGGUGUGAUAAAUGAUUAUUGACUACAGAUACUGCUAAAGUUUGACUUCAUUCCAAGCCAGCUGAUAACCCCAAAAACUCAAAGGUAUCAUUAAAAUGAUGAUAAUUUCCUGAUCCAUGAAAAAAUAACAGAAGGAAUGGCGUGGCUUAAAAUGCUGAAGCUAGCUAGCUUAUCUCUGCUGAUCAAGGAAAGUGAAAAAGGCUAAAAGAAAAAAACGUGAUUCCAAGCUUCAAGGCUCAACGUGACAAGCUAAAGAACACAAAAACCAAAUGCGACACAAGAUCUCUACGACCACAAGAGGAAAUUGUGGGCUGAAGAAACCAACAAAUUUAGAAGAUAUAAAGAGGUUUUAUCAAUGUGACAGUACAUUGUUUGGGAGCCUUUGCUUAUCUUCAUUCUGUAAUGGUCCAUAUUUCGGAGAAUUGUUUUCAGUUCA